AUGGGAGGCAACAACAGCACUCCGUGCUCGUCUGGCGGGUCGACCUUCUGUGAACACGUUGAGAAGGCCGUGUCAUGCCAAAAUGGCUCCGACUAUUUUUGGUGCAGCUGCCAGUCGGGCUAUGAGCCCGAUGGGCAAAACACGAAGGCGACCUGCAAAGAUAUUGAUGAAUGUGCGAGAGGCCUCGACAACUGUCAGCAGAAAGGGAGUGACUGCGUAAACACGCCUGGUAGUUAUGAAUGUGGAUGUGGAACAUAUCGCGAAGAAAAAGGAGGGACAUGCGUCGACAUUAACGAAUGUGCAACCGAUAGAGGGGGGUGCGAUGAGAACAGUGACUGCAUCAACCAGGACGGAGCCAGGCAGUUGUGCCGCUGCCAUAAGGGAUGGACUGGCAAUAACGAGGAACCGGGAGUGGCCUGCAAAGAUAUUAAUGAAUGCAACGAAAACCCGUCCAUUUGCCCCAGCAAUGCGGUGUGCACAAAUCUGCCCGGCUCUUACAAGUGCGAAUGUGGGGCUGGUUAUGAGCCUGACUCGUCGGGUAGUGGUUGUGUCACUGAGGACUUCUGUGGCACUGGGAAGAACGCGUGCGAUACCAAGUUUGCCACAUGCUCUCUGAUACCUGGAUCCUUCAAGUGCGAGUGCAUCUCUGGAUUUUAUGGAGCAGGAACCGUCAACACAUGCGAACCUCUUCAGGGCAAGGAAGAAUUGGCUUGCACGGUACUGGGUCUGACUUGUGGGAGCUACAAAAGUUGCUCAAAGAGCACAACGCAGGUUGGGGCCUGGGAAUGCCAAGACAAAUCCUCAUCCGAGCAGAUAGCAGUCUUUCUCGCGAACGGCGCAACCAGCGAUACUCCGGCAUGGGUUUGGGCUGUUGUCGUAUUGUCAGUCUUUGUGAUCUUCCUCGUAUCUGGAGGUAUCCUAUGUGCGUAUCACAAACCUACUAGAGCAAAAAGCGUUCAAGCACUACCACACACAAAGUAA